AUGUUGGAUGAGUCUCGUAGCUCGCCUCAGUGGGCGCAGAGUCAAAAUCUGGCCUCCCCGAAAACCCCUAACUUCCACCACAUCCCCCACCCGACCGCCGACCUUCUCGAAGGGAAGAAGUCGGCGGUCUCCUCCCCUGCACUUUUUCCCGUUUGGGUAGUUGGCUCACGACCGUUGUUUCGCAGCCCCUGCGAGUUGCUGCCGGUGGGCGCCGGCCACCCAGUGCAAGCCAUGAGUAAAAGCUUCACUGCGCUGUCGGGUUGCGCAAGCCGGGGCACUGCCGGGCUCCCGCAAGAAGUCCACGUGGUCAACCUAAGAGGCGCCGCGCCCCCUCAGAGACCUGGAGGCAGCCCUGCAGAGGUGGAGCUGCACCUGAAGCCCAUCCAGUCACUGCUGCGCCACCAGAAGCCUCUCGUGUUCAUUCUCAACUCCGCAGAUGCACUUGCGUGGAAGGUGAAAACGGAGAAUCUCGACUCAGGCGUCCGGCGCACCUUUCACGUACCCGAGGGCUCGGAGGUUCGUUUCCAGCAGGGAAACUUUUCGCUCUCCUGCCAGGUCCAAAAGGAGCUCCUGCUUCCCCACGGCAACGAGCACCUCCUCGGCUGGGCCCAAAAGGCGUAUGGGGCCGUCACCUCCUUCUCCGAACUCAGGAUGACUCAAGAUAUCUACAUCAAAGUCGGAGAAGAUCCUCUUUUCUCUGACACGUGCAAAAUCGAUAACAAGUUCCUGUCCUUGAACUACUUGGGCGGCUACAUGGAGCCUCAACCAUCCAAGGGCUGCGUCGUGUCUGCCGCCCACCACGACCAGGAGGUUCACGUCGUCGAACUGCAGGCGCCCAACUCCAGCAGCGCGUUCCAAGUGGAGGUGGUUGUGGAACUGCGACCGCUGGAGGACGACGCGCCGCUCCACCGUGACGUGGUUCUGCUACUCAAAUGUGCCAAGUCUGUCAACUGGGUCAUCAGGUCCCACAAUGUGGUGGGCAAGCUCACAAUUGUGGCUUCCGACAGCGUGAGCGUGAGUUCUGGUACCGAGAGGCUAAUGCAAGUGUCCAAAUCCCCCAAGCAGCGCUUACCGUCCGGGCCGCAAGCGUUGAUCCAGUGGGCCGAGGAGAACCGCUACGGCCCGGUCACCAGCUACACCAACACACCAGUGGCUAACCACUUCAACGUGUGGCUCAGAGAACAAGACAUGUUAGAUCACGCACAAAGCAUGUUGCCGCCAGAGCUAGCUAUUCUGCACAAUUUCGGGCCUCCCCAAGGCGGACGGAGCGAGGGCUCGCCACUUCGCCCGGGUCUGCCCUUCCCGUUCUCUCCGCCCAUGUCCGGCCUGCCCUCCCUGUUGGAUGAGCGUCCCUGGGAGAAGACUGAACCCGAAGAGCACCGGGCCGUCGUCAGUGUAGGUCUCGCCGUGCAGUGCCAGGACGCCAAGAUGGUGGUCAGCAUCAGCAAGGAGAGCCUACAAGCCAACGGUUUUGCACAAGCCAACCUUACGCUACAAGACCCAGAAUGCAAAGCGGCAGUCAACGCCACCCACUACACACUGGAGACGCCGCCGAACGGGUGCCAGACAACUGUGUACCCCUUGUUGGGAACUUCCAAUGCACUUCACAUUAACACUGUCUUGAUAAGUCACGGCGAAUCCAAAGACGGGAGCGGCGGCCCGCUGGAGUACGACGACCAAGAUUCCGCAGAGGUCGUCUUCCCUAGGGAGGCUGCCGGCCUGGAAAGGUCGCCGUCCAGAGAUCAUCCGGCAAUAAUAUCGUUUAACUGCACAUACCAACAGGAAAACAGAAAACGUCCGAACUUGCCCCCCAAGAAGGUCCCGGGAAGCGGCGCUGCUGGUCCAGUGGAAAUGACGUUCAACAUGGACUUUUACGACGCGCCGCCUUCCGGUCAGCCGUCCCGUCAGGCAUUCAACACCGUCUUGCAGAACCAGAUGGUUUUCGUGGAGAUCACGUCGACGUCGUCCUCCGUGAACUUGGGCUUCAACAUCCUCUCGUGCUUCGUUUCUCCCGAUGCCGACCCCGGCGUGAAGUCGUCCUACUCGCUGAUCGAGACGGUCUGCCCCACUGACGACUCGCUACGUUUCCGUCCCGACGCCAGGACGGACAAGAGAAGCUUCAGCUUCACGUUCAACUCGGAUUUGAAUGCGUCGCGGCUGUUCCUGCACUGCAAGAUGGCGCCGUGUGGUCAACGCGCUCCUGGACUCGCACCGUGCGUGGAUGCUACCUUACCGUGCGACUCUCUGCGGGUGGACCAAAUCCUUGACAUGAUGAUGAACGCGAGGACCAGCAGCAAAGCGCUCAUCCUGCUGGACGGAGAACGCUCAACAGAGUCCAUGGCCUCAUCCACCGAGGGCAUUGGCUCAAUCUCCUCUUCGCCAGUGGAGGAAUCAACUAUCGAUGGCACAGGUUUGGGUACAGACUCAGAUAUGUCCAUCCAGAGCUUGUGCAGGAACAGGUGGAGAAAGUUGGUGACGUUGAAUAUCGAGCUGCUGGGCCAGAUCCACAUCCAUGAUGUUGACCUCCGCUCCAGAGUCGACGAGAGCGGUCAAGAACCGUCAGCGCACUUGCUGGACACACCGACGGUGGUGGGAAUCGCCUUCGCCGCCUUCGCCAUCGGCGCUCUACUGACCGGAGCGCUUUGGUUCAUCUACUCGCACACAGGAGGAACCGCUGCAGUGUCGGCAGCUAGCGGAAUGACCAAGGAGGUCCAAAAAUGUCCGCCCGCCUCAGAAAACAGUAGCGCCGGCCACAGCAUCGGCAGCACGCAAAGUACGCCCUGCUCCAGUAGCAGUACGGCGUAG